AUGGAACACACACUUUCAAGAUAUGGCAGCGGCCUUGAAUUGGAUAUUUAUAAUGAUCAUCCUUCUGACGACCAUGGGGCGGAGCAUGCAAAAGGUGCAGAGGUGAAUGCACUGAAAGAUGAAGUCUCAAAGCUACGGUUAACAUGCUUGCAGAUGAUGGGUCAACAACUUGAUGGCUUGAGUUUCAAGGAUCUGCAACACCUAGAGCAUCAAUUAAACGAAGGCAUUUUGUCUGUUAAGGACAAGAAGGACCAAAUUCUAAUGGACCAGCUUAAGAAAUCCAGAAUGCUGGAGCAAAAGGCCACUCUAGAGAAUGAAUCUCUGCGUAAGCAGAUUGAGGAACUCAGACGAGGAUCCCGGCAAAAAUCUGCUUUCCUGGAAUUUAGUCCUUUGGACAGGAGACUUUCUGUAGCAAUUUCUAAACCUGAUAGUCAUCAAAAACCACAGGAAGAAGAUGGUCUUUCAGACACUUCAUUGCACUUGGGGGAGUCAAGUAGCCUCAGGGUGAUGAAGCAGAACAUAGAUCCUCGUAUAAUGGGAAGGCUAUUGCUAGUUUAG